AUGACUGAAACACCUUUUCGGCCUAGAGAGAAGCUUCUUGAAAAGCAGAAGUUUUUCCAGAACAUCCACAAGCAUACGUACCUGAAAGGACCAAUGGACAAAAUCACCUCAGUGGCCAUUCCUUUGGCUUUGGCUGGUUCCUCUUUGUUUCUUAUUGGGAGAGGUAUCUAUAACAUGUCUCAUGGAAUCGGGAAGAAUGAAUGA